AUGAAACCAUUGAUUGGCGGUAUAAUUAGAGUGGGAUCGGAUUUUGGUUUUAUCGUUGCUCUGAUAGUCACCAAUACUGUUCUGCAGAAUAUUGAUCCAUACAAAAGAGGAUACUUUAUUCAAGAUGAAUCAAUCAAAAAACCAUUUAAGCAGAACACUAUCUCAAGUACUGUCCUUUAUGUGGUUUCCUCACUACUAAUAUUGAUUACGAUAGUUGUGGGUGAAGUAAUUGUUAGUGCGAAAUCUUUAAGAAAAACUCAUCAUAGAUUACCGGUGGUUUUGUAUCCAAUCUAUGAUUCCCUCAUUGUUGCUUGUUUUGGAUACUUUGCUACUAUUGGUCUUACGGAUGUAGGUAAAGUUUCACUCGGUCGUCUCCGUCCAAAUUUUCUUGAUGCAUGCAAACCUUCUGACCUUCAAACUACGAUCUUGGGUUUUGUUGGUAAUUUUACUUGUUCAUCAGACAAAUCAAGUGGCCUGAGAAAAUCUUUCCCAUCUGGACAUACCUCAAUUGCAAUAUAUACCGCUAUAUUUCUAUGUCUUUAUCUUCAACUGAGAUUUUCACAUUCUCGCAUUUAUCCAGGUGUAAGAACAUGCUUUCAAAUGAUCUAUAUUGCUCUUGGAUUAGUUGUUGGAUAUUCACGUAUUAUCGAUAAUAAACAUCAUUGGUCUGAUGUACUUGGUGGUGGACUAUUAGGAUUUUUUGUAGCAUUAAGUACUCUAUAUUACCUACCAUAUGUUGGAGACACUGGAAAUUCUCUGCCUACUUAUAGAGAUGAUCAAGUGACAUCUCAUUAUGAUUAGUACAAUUUUACAAUCACUCAAGUGAAUUUACAUAGUAUAAGGAAAGUGUUCCUCCAAAGAAAUCGUUCAAAAAGACGUAACUUGGAAAGAAACGGAACAGAUGUUAAUUAAAAAUUCAAAGGAAUUCGAAAAAUGAAUUUAUUAUCAAUUAUGACCUCUAUGUAUAUCUUAAAUCAUUGGAUUCCGUCAUAUCAAGACUAUUGACUUACUUACGCCUGUUACUUCCAAUGGACCAUAGGCCACUGACCAGCAUUCCCCAACCCACUCUGUCCUUGGCCUUCAUUUCUAGUCCUAUCCAAUUUUUGUUCAUUCUUUCCAUAUCUGUCUCCAUUUCUUGACGUAAUGUGUUCUUUGAUCUUUCUCUUCUCCUUUGGCCUUGAGGAUUCCAUGUGAGGGCUUGCCUUGUGACGCAUUUGUGUGCUUUCCUCAAUGUGUGUACUAUCCAUUCUGCCUAAAGCCCUUCUGGGGCUACUGCCGGUCCCAAGCCCGGAUUAUUGGAGGAGGGUUGGGCAUGUGGUUAGCCACCCCAUUCUGUAGAAAACUACCCCCCCCCAAACGCUAACCAUAAAAAAAAAUUAUUCAAACCAAGACUAUAUGAACUCUUAAAAGUUCAUAAGAAUAAUAUCCCCUCUACAUCCUAUACUUGAUAUAAACAACUUUUCCAUAUCAUCUGAUUACUAAAUGAUUAUCUAAUAUUUUACAACACAUUAAAAAUCAUAUCGUUAAUCAGGACUUAAUGUUAUGUCAUCUAGAUAAGAGUUCAGGAAUUGUCUUUGACUUGGAUCGUCUUGACUAUAUUACCUUUUAAUUGCUUUACUUAAAGACAUUGUUAUCUUUAAUCCCUUUUUUUUGUUUUUAGUAAUAGGCUUAUUUGUAUUACUAUUAUUAUUAUUAUUAUU